GAGAUGAACCCCGACCAUCCGAGCAUCGGCAUCGUCGUCAGAGACGCGCAAGGAUCAAGUCGGCGUUCGCCGUUCACACGACUCUCGAGCACACCCGAUCCAUGUGCCGAGAGCGGAGGACCGCCGCCGCCAUUUACCGGACUGAAACAAAAAUUUCAGUUCGACUCGACGCGCUGAAAGGGAAGCUUGUGUCGCUCCGCUCAACGCUCAUGAAUACGUAAACAAUGCCUUUUGGGACUCAAUCCGUUCGUGGGAUAAAUGAAAGCGGCGUCCUGUGGCCAAGCACGCACUAGAUUCGCAUGCGGAACGCGACACUGACAUUUGGAUUAUUAGUUUUGUUUCGCACGUUCUUUUCGUUUUUGAGGCGACGCACCUGCGACCUGUAAACAAAACACUCUGGUCUCGCGUGGUCGGGCCGAAACGCUGCGGCACCGUCUCCUCGCCAUCGGGUUUCUCGUUGUUUGUUUUUCAUCCAUUAUAUUUCCGUUGUGAUUUGUGAGCACGUGCUGGCCGACAACAUGGAGCGAAGAUUCCGCUGCGUGAAGUUGCUGUUGUUUGUGACUGUGCUUGUGGAGUUUAACUUCUUCAACAUUGUCGGCGCCGACUUCGAGAACAGUUGGACAAUGUAUAUGGAGCAGCCGUGCUGUUCGGGCAGCGGAAACCACCACGUUCGACAUCACAGAGAUCAUGUCAGAGAGUUUUCUUGUGGAAUGAUGUACUACAGAACCUUUUAUAUCGACACCAAGAGGGAUUCACUAUAUGUGGGAGCAAUGGAUCGCGUAUACAGACUGAACCUGAGCAACAUCAACCAAUCGAGCUGCGAGAGAGAUGCACUGAAUUUGGAGCCAUCAAAUGUAGGCGCUUGUGUUUCAAAAGGAAAGUCAGAGCAUUUUGACUGCAGGAAUCACAUACGGGUUAUUCAGUCAAUGGGAGAUGGAAGCCGACUUUACGUAUGUGGUACCAACGCUCACAAUCCAAAAGACUGGGUAGUAAAUGCGAAUUUGACUCAUCUCAGUAGAAACUCUUUCGUGCCUGGAAUCGGCAUGGGUAUUGCCAAAUGUCCCUACGACCCAGCCGACAACUCCACUGCAGUCUGGGUAGAAAAAGGUAAUCCGGGGGAUCUGCCCGGACUCUACUCUGGAACUAACGCCGAAUUCACGAAAGCCGACACAGUUAUAUUCAGGACCGACCUUUACAAUUUGACGACGGGACGUAAGGAGUUUACCUUCAAGAGGACUCUCAAAUAUGACUCCAAAUGGCUGGACAAGCCAAACUUCGUGGGAUCUUUUGACAUAGGCGACUACGUUUUGUUUUUCUUCAGAGAAACCGCUGUAGAAUAUAUAAAUUGUGGUAAAAGUGUAUAUUCCAGAGUAGCGCGUGUUUGCAAAAAGGAUACCGGAGGCAAAAACAUUUUGUCUCAAAAUUGGGCCACUUACUUAAAGGCACGGCUCAAUUGUUCCAUUCCCGGCGAAUUUCCGUUUUACUUCAACGAAAUACAGAGUAUAUACAAAGUGCCUGGGGACGAUACAAAAUUCUACGGAACUUUUACGACUUCAACCAACGGACUAAUGGGCUCCGCCAUUUGCUCAUUCUCCAUAUCCGACAUUCAAGCAGCUUUCAAUGGCAAGUUCAAAGAACAGGCAUCGUCUUCCUCGGCGUGGUUACCAGUUUUAUCAAGCAGGGUACCCGAACCUAGACCAGGAACUUGCGUCAAUGACACUGAAACUUUACCAGAUACCGUCCUCAACUUCAUUAGGUCUCAUCCACUUAUGGAUUCCGCCGUAAGUCACGAAAACGAAAAACCUGUCUUCUUCAAAAGAGACGUUUUCUUCACUCGUCUGGUCGUCGAUAAAAUUAGAGUCGAUAUUGGCGGAGGACUUUUAGAUUACAUUGUCUACUAUGCCGGAACCAAUGACGGAAGAGUACACAAGAUAGUCGAAUGGGGCAAAGAUAAUCCAGAUGGAUCAUCUUCAAUACUUCUGGACGUAUUUGAUGUUACACCAGGCGAACCUAUUCAAGUCAUGGAAAUCUCAAAAGAACAUAAAGCCCUGUAUGUUGCCUCAGACCACAGAGUCAAACAAGUCGACCUAGUUAUGUGCAAUAGAAGAUACGACAACUGUUUGAGAUGUGUACAUGAUCCUUACUGCGGAUGGGACAAAGAUUCUAACGUCUGUAAACCAUAUUCACCUGGGUUACUGCAAGAUGUGUCGAAUAGUACAAUCGACGUGUGCGACAGCAGUGUGGUAAAAAAGAAGAUGGUGGUGACGUGGGGACAAAGUUUGCACCUCGGUUGCUUCUUGAAGAUGCCAGCUGUCUUGGCAUCACAAACGAUAACCUGGUAUCACUAUUCAAAGGAAAAGGGACGUUACAAGAUCCAGUUCAGGCCAGACAAAUACAUCGAGACUUCAGAGCACGGAUUAGUGAUCAUUGCUGUCACUGAAGCUGACGAGGGUCGCUACGAUUGUUGGAUGGGUGCGUCGUUACUAUGUUCAUACAAUGUUACUGUGGAUGCUCAUCGUUGUUCACCACCAGCAAAGAGCAACGAUUACCAAAAGAUCUACUCGGACUGGUGUCACGAGUUCGAAAAGUAUAAAUCAGCAAUGAAAACAUGGGAGAAAAAGCAAGCUCAAUGUGCAUCAAGGCAAAACAACAGCAACCAAAACAGCCAUCCAAAUGAGAUAUAUAGGCCUUUAGUCUGAUAGCUCAUUGAGCGCGGUCCCCUUGCUCUUACGUAUCUAGGAAUUCCCUUACAUUGGACUCUUAUUUUGUUCAUGUAAAUAAUGUCGCGAGAGACUUACUAAUUUAGUACAUUCAUAUUUAAUAAUAAACGUAAUAAACUUUUCAACGAUCAAUCAGUGGAAGUGCCCUGUUAUUGUGAUGGAUUUUUGGAAAGUGGAACAGUGCUUACAUCGUGCUUUUCAUUAAACUCUUUUGAUGUGACUGAAAUUAUAUUUUUUCAUCGUUUUCAUAAGUAAUCGAUUUGUUUUGCAUUAAUUAUUUCAAUAUAUUUAGUGUAAAUGGUCCAUUUACACUUGAAUUAUAGGAUUUUCAAAGAGCAUUUUAAUAUUGUAGGUCUGUGAUAUACGUGUAUUGUAAUUAAGUAAAAGUUUUUAAUUUCAAAUUGGAGUGAAUGUAUGCAAAACAAUCAGCUUUAUGAUAAACUGAUAUCUCCGGACCAAAGUGAAUGGACUUUUUGAAAACGAUAUUAGUUUUUAAAAGAACAUACUGUAAAAUUUAGUGCGUAUUCAAAGCAAUACUUUUUCCGCUUGCAAAGUGUUGGUCCCUUGAAAUAAUAUAUAAUGUAAAUAUUUCCCAUUUCGCGUUUUCGUUGGAUACAUUUUUUCAAUAGAUAGAUCCAACAUCACGUCCCGUCUACAUUACAGAUCCUAUUGAAUUUUUAAAUAAUUGUACUUAAAGAAAUUUAAUGCAACCUUGCAACGAAUAGUACAUACCUGGAUUAUCUAUUAAAAAAUUGUGUAAUAUUAAGGACAAUCACAACAGAUGAUAUAUUUUGAUUUUAGUAAAAUAUAUUAUUUCAAUUGUAACAAUAAAUGUAUGUAUAAACAUCCAACACAGAUAUUGUUAAAAUAUUUCAAAAGUUCUCAUAGUAUUAUUUGUUCUAAAAAAUGUAAUCCUGUAUAUACCUAUGUAUAGUUAUUUAUAUUGUCCACUUAUGUAAUUUAUACUUAUUUGUAGAAAUUACACUAAGAGGUUUCCUAUAGCUAUGCUUUCUUUUUUAUAAUAUUAAUGUUAUUUGAAACCUUCAAGUUUCUUUGUUUUAUGAAUUUUGAUUUUAUUUGUCACAUUUUAUAUUUUUAACAAUACAAAAUACAUAUCUUAUAUAUUGCAAUAAAUAUGAAAACAUCGUCAUUUAUGUUCAGUAAGAAUUAUAUGAUUUUCUACUAUUACUUUAAAUCCAGAAUUGUAGAUAAGUAUUCUUGUUACGAAUUUAAAAUUGUAGAAACUUUCUUAAACCAGCUAAAAUAUUAUAUCAACUUCCAUGAAGUUAUGAAUGCUGAGUUUAAACUGAAAAAUUAAAGUAAAAAUUAAAUUCAAAAUAACAUUUUUUACCAAAACUUCGUUUUUUAUGUUUAAACUAGCCUAUUACUUACUAUUUUUAUUAUACCUAUUUUAUAUUUAAAUGUUAGUUUAAGUUUUAUAUAAUUAAUUUUCGUCUUAUUUCUCCAAAGUAUGAAAAUAAUUUUAAUUUCUCUAUUAAACUAGAUGGAGAACUAUUAUAUUCAUACUUUAGAGACCUUUACACCGAUUUUAUUUGUACUUAUUUGACGUUUCUCUUUUUGAAUUUUGAUUUUAUACAAUUUUUAUUGUAAAUAUAUUACCAAUAAAAAUUAGUUAUGCUAUAGCAAAUGACAUCCCAAAUGUAAAUUGUAAUGGACAUGUCGCUAUUGCCCUCUGAAAUAUUAUCAAUAAAGAUUAUAUAAUAAAAUUA